GGUGAGCAAUAAUUUCAUCCCCAUGAGUCGAAUUGAUGAUGCAGUGAAAAGAAUUUUGCGAGUGAAGUUCAUGUUGGGUGUAUUUGAGAAUCCAUUGGCAGAUGUCAGCCUAGUGGACCAGCUUGGUAGUCAGGAACAUAGAGAAUUUGCUAGGGAAGCUGUGAGGAAAUCACUUGUGCUGCUUAAGAAUGAAAAAUCUACCAAUAAGCCUUUACUUCCUCUUUCUAAGAAGGCACCUAAAAUACUAGUAGCUGGUAGUCAAGCUGACAAUCUGGUUAUCAGUGUGGUGGGUGGACACUUCAAAGGCAGGGACUUAGCGGCAACAACCUCACAAAUGAACACAGUUGAUCCCAAAACAGAAGUUGAAUAUGAGGAGAAUCCUGAUGCCUUCUUUGUGAAGAACAGCAAUUUCUUAUCUUAUGCCAUCGUGGUUGUAGGUGAGACCCAUUAUGCAGAGACACUAGGUGAUAGUUUCAAUUUGACCAUUCCUGACCGUGGCCCUAGCACAAUCGCAAACGACUGUGGAAAUGUGAAAUGUGUUAUCAUAGUCUCUGGUCGUCCAAUUGUGAUUGAACCAUAUGUUGGCUCAAUGGAUGCUCUUGUUGCUGCUGGGCUACCGGGCACAGAAGGUCAGGGUGUUGCAGAUGUGUUGUUUGGUGACUAUGGAUUCACUGGCAAGCUUCCACGAACUUGGUUCAAGACUGUUGCUUAACUGUCAAUGAAUGUUGGGGACAUGCAUUAUGGUCCCCUCUACCCAUUUGGAUUUGGCCCUACUACAAAACCUUACAAUUAAAAGGGGGGACCAGGAUUCUGAUUUGGGUGAAUUCCAGUGUUUUUUUUUGUUCUGAUUGUGUUGUAUUUGCUAGAAUCAUAAUAAUUUCUACCCAGUUUUAUGGGUUGAUUAAAAAAAGUCUUGUAAGCCCUUUAAUAAAAAUUGUCAUUAUGA